CGACCGCGCCCAGCCCCUGCCUCCGCUCGGCCCCCGCGCGGCCCGCCAUGGGUCCUCCGUGCCGCAGCCUCUCCGCGCUCCUGCUGCUGCUGCUGCUGCUGCAGGUCCCAUCGCGGCUCUGCCAGGAGCCGGAGCCCUGCCGUCCCGGCUUUGGCGCCGAGAGCUACAAGUUCACCGUGCCCCGGCGGCACCUGGAGAGAGGCCGCGUCCUGGGCAGAGUGACUUUUGAAGGAUGCACUGGUCGUCCAAGAACAGUCUAUUUUUCUGAUGACUCCCGAUUCAAAGUGGGCACAGACGGUGUGGUUACAGUCAGACGGCCUCUACAGCUUCAUAAUCCAGAGACCAGUUUUCUUGUCCACGCCUGGGACUCCACCCACAGAAAGCUUUCCACCAAAGUUACAUUGGAGGCAGUGGGGCACCACCGCAGCCACCACCACCAUCAUGACCCUCUCCCUGGAAGCUACAUGGAAGUGCUCACAUUUCCUGACUCCUCCCAUGGUCUCAGAAGACGGAAGAGAGACUGGGUUGUCCCUCCCAUCAGCUGCCCAGAAAAUGAAAAGGGCCCAUUUCCGAAAAAUCUGGUUCAGAUCAAAUCCAACAGGGACAAAGAAACCAAGGUUUUCUACAGCAUCACAGGCCAAGGAGCUGACACACCCCCUGUUGGUGUAUUUAUUAUUGAAAGAGAAACAGGAUGGCUGAAGGUGACGGAGCCUCUGGACAGAGAACAGAUUGCCAAGUACAUCCUCUUCUCUCAUGCUGUGUCAUCAAAUGGGAAUGCAAUCGAGGACCCAAUGGAAAUUGUGAUCGCGGUGACAGAUCAGAAUGACAACAAGCCUGAGUUCACCCAGGAGGUCUUUCAGGGGUUUGUCAUGGAAGGUGCUCUUCCAGGAACCUCCGUGAUGCAGGUCACAGCCACUGACGCGGACGACGAUGUGAACACCUAUAAUGCUGCCAUCGCUUACACCAUCCUUAGCCAAGAGCCAACGCUGCCUUACAACAACAUGUUCACCAUCAACCGGGACACCGGAGUCAUCAGUGUGGUCACCACUGGGCUGGACCGAGAGAGUUAUCCCACAUAUACCCUGGUGGUUCAAGCUGCUGACCUUCAAGGUGAAGGCUUAAGCACAACAGCAACAGCCAUGAUCACGGUCACGGAUGUCAACGAUAACCCUCCCAUCUUCAAUCCCACCACGUAUGUGGGUGAGGUGCUUGAGAAUGAGGCAGAUGCCGUAAUCACCAGGCUCAGAGUGACUGAUGUGGAUGCCCCCAACACCCCAGCAUGGGAGGCUGUGUAUACCAUAUUAAAUGACAACGAGGGGCAAUUUGUUGUCACCACAGACCCAGUAACCAACGAAGGCAUUUUGAAAACAGCUAAGGGCUUGGAUUUUGAGGUCAAGCAGCAGUAUAUAUUGCAUGUGGCAGUGACGAACACAGAUCCCUUUGUGGUCUCUCUCCCCACCUCCACAGCCACCGUCACUGUGGAUGUGGUGGACGUGAAUGAAGCCCCCAUCUUCUUGCCUCCUGAAAAAAGAGUGGAAGUGCCCGAAGACUUUGGCGUGGGCCUGGAAAUCACGUCCUACACUGCUCGGGAACCAGACACGUUUAAGGAGCAGAAGAUAACGUAUCGGAUUUGGAGGGACACUGCCAACUGGCUGGAGAUUAAUCCAGACACUGGUGCCAUUUCUACUCGGGCUGAGCUGGACAGAGAGGAUGUUGAGCAUGUGAAGAACAGCACAUACACGGCCCUCAUCAUAGCCACCGACAACGGUUCUCCAGUCGCUACUGGAACGGGAACGCUUCUCCUGAUCCUCUCCGAUGUGAAUGACAAUGGCCCUGUACCAGAACCUCGAAAUAUGGACUUCUGCCAGAGGAAUCCACAGCCUCAUAUCAUAAACAUCAUUGAUCCAGAUCUUCCCCCCAAUACUUCUCCCUUCACAGCAGAACUGACACAUGGGGCAAGUGUCAACUGGACCAUUGAGUAUAGUGACGCAGCCCAAGAGUCUCUCAUUUUGAAGCCAAAGAAAACUUUAGAGUUGGGUGACUACAAAAUCAAUCUCAAGCUCACGGAUAACCAGAACAAAGACCAGGUGACCACUUUAGAGGUCCUUGUGUGUGACUGUGAAGGGGCCGUCAACAACUGUAUGAGGGCACAGUAUGUUGAAGCAGGAUUGCAAGUUUCUGCCAUUCUGGGGAUUCUUGGAGGAAUCCUGGCUUUGCUAAUCCUGAUUCUGCUGCUCCUGCUGUUUCUUCGGAGGAGAGGGGUGGUCAAAGAGCCCUUACUGCCCCCAGAAGAUGACACCCGGGACAACGUUUAUUACUAUGAUGAAGAAGGAGGUGGAGAAGAGGACCAGGACUUUGACUUGAGCCAGUUGCACAGGGGACUGGAUGCCCGGCCUGAAGUGACUCGCAAUGAUGUAGCACCAACCCUCCUGAGUAUGCCCCAGUAUCGUCCCCGCCCUGCCAAUCCUGAUGAAAUUGGAAAUUUUAUUGAUGAAAAUCUGAAGGCAGCUGAUAGUGACCCCACGGCUCCCCCUUAUGACUCUCUGCUCGUGUUUGACUAUGAAGGAAGUGGUUCCGAAGCUGCUAGUCUGAGCUCCCUGAACUCUUCAGAGUCAGACCAAGACCAGAACUAUGACUACCUGAAUGAAUGGGGCAAUCGCUUCAAGAAGCUGGCAGAUAUGUACGGAGGUGGCGAGGAUGACUAGGGGACUCGAGAGAUGGGUCCCUAGACCCGCACAGUGAGAAAUACGGACAUAAUGUUGCUGGUGGUUUUCAGCUCCCUUCCCUUCUGAUGAGUUUCUGGGAAAAAGACUCAUCAGUGAUACAGUUAGAAUAGUUCUGAUUUCCAUUUUAAGGCUCUCUGUGUGUUAGAAAGGUAUUGACUUACUCGAGUGGUUUUUUUAUUCCAUCACUCUUUCCAUGGUGAUGAUGUCCAAAAAAUCUCCAAAUUUUAAUAUUUCAAAAGAACAACUUCAGCCUCAGAAGGUUCUGCUAGCAACUUGCAGGUUUCCUUUAGGGAUUUUGUUUCAUGUUUUAAAGGAAGGGGAGGAGUCAGUGGCCUUAGUCCUGUUGUUUUAGGUAUAUUAAUUUUUUUUUUCUUUUACUUUGUGUGCUUCUCUCCCCAACCCCCAUCACUGUACUGGUGUCCCAUGCUCUAAUAUCCACUCUUACUCCUGAAUUCUAUUGCUUUGCCCCAGAUGGGAUUCUCUGAUGCAAAAAUCACUGGGCCCUUGUAGGGUAAGAGGCUUGUGUCUGGCCAUACCCUGACUGCAUAUUGUAUACUCCAAAGACCUUUCAUGGUUUUCCUUUUUCAUUUUCAUCUCCUGAGUACUAACUUACAAAGGGCAUCUAUCCAUUUGCUUGUUCUGAGUAAGUGUUUGUUAUGUGAAGUCCAUUAUAGGGUGCUUUAUUUCGACACAGGGAGACUUGACCAGAAAAUGUGAGUUUUCAGGUGCCACUUAAUUUUUAAUGUUUGUUUAUCACCAAAACAGAAGAAUGAUAUAUUCCAAGACUUAGACUAGUGCCUAAAGUGCUGCAGCCAAAGACAGAGGGGAAACAUGAAAAUUGGUCUGGGAGAGCGUGCCAUUGAGCCUGGGAAUUUAGCAAACUGAUGCUGAGGAUGGUAGAGGUGGGUCUAACCUCAUCUCUGAAAGUUCUGGAAGAAUGGAGGAAUCUCAAUAUGUGUUUCCUACCCAAGAUCCUUAUACCAUGGUUUGUACCUGAAGCCCCAAAGUCCCCAAGUGCCUGCCUCUGAUGAUGUCUGUAGUAAAUGCUGGCUGAUCUGAACACAUUUUCACAAUUCCAAGUGUACGUAGAAAAUUGAGAAUAUUAGAAAUUCCAAGUUUUUUCUUAGGAGCAGGAAGAAAACUGCCCUAAAAAGGUGUUAAGCAAGGGGAGGUGGAAGUGAAGAGGACCUUGAUUUGGAUCUUUUAAAAUUCAAAGUGCAAAUUUCAACCUUUUUUCUUGCUCUCUCUCUCUUUUUUUUUUUUGGCAGCCAGCCCAUAUAGGGGGUGAACCCUGUGCCUUGCUGUUAUCAGCACCACAUUCUAACCAACUGAACUAACCAGCCAGCCCCAAUUUUUUUUGGCAACCACAGAAAUUUCUUUACUGUCUGUCAGCUGUUCUUAGAAGGAAAAAAAAUCAUCUUUGCAAUCACUUCUUGGAAUUGUCUUAAUUUUUCUGCAGUUUGUAGAGAAUGUCAUGUAGUUUUGAGUGUUUAUGUGUGGGCGUGCUGAGAAUUUUGUAUUGUCUUUGGGGGUGGAAAAGGAAAACAAUUCAAGCUGAGAAAAUUAUUCUCAAAGAUGCAUUUUUAUAAAUUUUAUUAAAGAAUUUU